AUGACUGCGACGUCCGUUGCGUCAUCAAGCCAGAUGUUUUCCACCUUCGGCCAACCGACGCAGAACCCGUCUCCAGCGUUCAACCCCUUCGCCAACAACACCGACGGGGUAGGCAGCUCAUUCGGUCUUGAUGGUGCCGGCGACGCGUCCCGGGCGAAGCGAAACAAGCAAUCUUCACGGCUGGCCGACCAGAGCAACAAUGAGGGAAAGCGAAAAGCGAACAAGCCCUUCCAGGACAAGGAUGCCAACUUGAGCGAUGGAAGCAACAAAAAGGGCAAGAACGGCGACGAGAGGAAAAGGAAAGGCGCGGACCUGAAAAAGAAUCGAACCAACGGCGGCGACCCUUCGAAGAAACCAUUACCACAAAACGCGCGUGGCAAUGGGCUCAACGCAUUCGCCGCGACGCGAACCCCAGCAUCGCGACCGACAUCAUCCUCGAGCACCGAUUUGGAUGACAACCCCGUUCCUGAAUCUUACCACUCCAACGACCCUCAUGCCCGAAAGUGGCCGUCGCAACCUGGGAACCCCAACAACAAGGCCGAGGUGACCAAGUUUCGAGAAAGAUAUGAAGCGUAUCGCGACAGGGUGCGCGCGUCCUUGACGAAGGCUGGCCUAAUCGAUGAUCCGGAAAAGCGAAAAACUUUGCAGGACGCCAUCAACUUCAAGGGUAUCUGCGAGGACAUGUGCCCCGAAUACGAGAAGAUUAUGCGCAUCAACGAGAGUGACGUCCACCUGCCCGAGAAGAACCCCAAGACGACCUUCCCCGAUACUCGACGGAUGGUCAAGAAACUGGCGCGCUCUGCUGCCGGUCAAGAAGCCCCGCUGCCCAUGGAUGUCCGAUCUAUACGCGCGCUUCGACGAACACUUGACUACCUAGUCGACGACCUCCUCCAGAACGAUGGAAAUCUGCCAACUUUGCACAGUUUCCUCUGGGACCGAACUCGAGCAAUUCGUCGCGACUUUACAUUCUUUUCGUCUCUCGACCCGGAGGAAAUGAAGACUCAGGUCUAUGUUCUCGAGAACAUUGCUAGGUUCCACGUCACGGCGUUGCAUCUGCUCUCCCAAGAAGGCAAGGCACCUCAGGAUUUCGUGGAACAACAAGAGUUGGAGCAACUCGGCAAAGCCCUCCUUUCUCUGCGCGAUCUAUACGACGACUGCAAUGAACAGGGCGUCGUCUGUGAGAAUGAGGCCGAGUUUCGCGCGUUCUAUCUCAUCUUCCAUGCAUUCGAUCCUAACAUUAUCGAAACACUCCAACGACAAUGGAAGCCCAACCUGUGGAGAGAUUCCGAUGAGGUCAGGACCGCAGUGUCUCUGGUGGAAGCUCUCCAAAAUACUCAACAUUUCCAUGGACCCCUCAAGGAUGCGCCUUCAUUGGCUGCAUCAGCGGCAUACCAUACCUAUUUCCGGAUUGUAGAAGAUCCAAAAGUCUCAUACACCAUGGCCUGCUUUGCAGAGUGUCACUUCCCUCACCUUCGACGUUCUAUCUUGACGGCUAUCAAGAAGGCACUAGCACGUCCACGAGAGUCAUCAAAAGACGUUACAACCACAGUACUCAACAAGUUCCUCCGAUUCGACACUAUCCAGCAGGCCGUUGAUUUUGCGGAGCUACACGAUUUCGAGUUUGGCCAAUGCGAAGAGGACCCAUCAGAUCUCAGCCGUCAAUACCUGAUCUUGGAUAACCGGAAAUCCCUGCCUCACCACAGACUACAGCACCACUUCUCUCAAAACCUGGUGGAGAAGAAGCGUGGUUCAAGGGCACUUCCAGACUUGAUUCACCAGAGCGUCCUCGAAGACCCGAACGCUGCAAAACCCGCGAUCAAUGGUUCUGUCGAGGGGAGUCUCUUUGUUUCAGACACGGAAAAACCGACGACCCAAGCCUCUAUCCCAACCACAGCCAGAACGACAACCUCCAGCCCCUUUGCCCUGUUUAGUCCACCUGCAGGCGGGUCGGGAAGUAACGGCGCCCUUAGUAACAAUCUAGGGAUCAAAUCUAACGGAGUGCUGCCGAACCCUGGCUCACCUUUCCAACAAGCACCUUCUCAACCAAGCCCGUUCUCACAAGCCGCUACUCUCGGGACCAACAAACCGGCCAUCAACCCAUUUGCCACGGCUCAACCACAAGCCACUCCUGCUCAAGGCCAGUCGGGGGCUUCCAACGGGGCUGCUUUCAACCCCUUUGCGACAUCAUUUGCCCCGUCCUCAAAACCUGCAGCAAAGAGCCCAUUUGCGUUGGCUGGCGCAUCUGACACAACGGGAACACAGCCACCAAAGCCAGCAAGCCUCCCCUCCUUCUUUACUCAACCGCAAACGGCGACUCCUCUCGGUCCACAAAGCGAUACGAAGAACUCGAUGGCACAGGCUCCCCCAAGCACUACAGCAGAACCGGCCAAGACUCCCGGAAUCAACCUCGUCCCACCUACUCCCAAAUCAACCUCUUCACUCACAGCUAGUACCAUUGAUGUCACCGCUCCACCAGCAUCAAUUGGGAUCCAACACAGUCUUGGAGCUCUCCUAGGCAAACCUUCACCAACCCCUCCUACAGAUGGCCAACCCCCAGCAACCAGUAAACCAAUUCCUGCCCUAGGGACAACGGCACCAACAAAACCGGCAUUUCCGUUCCCAAGUCCCUCUUCUUUACAGCCCUCGUCGACGCCCGGCAUUCUUGGGCUUCCCUCGACAACUACACCCACACCCGCCCAUGUACAGAAACCAGCGAGUCCUCCACCUCCACCCCCGCCUCCCCCUCGCGACUUGAUGGGCGACUUUACGAAAUGGUAUGUAAAGGGUGACGACGGUCUUAUGGAAGACUUCCAGGGAUUUAUGCUGGACAAUAUUCUGCAAGGCGUCUUCAGGAAAUUCCAGAAAGAAGAGGAAAAGAAAAGGCAGCAAGAGGAGGAAGCACGGGCUAUUGCAGAAGCAGACAAGUUCCGCGUCUAUAGUCUUUCGGUCAAGUACUUUUACCGAUGGCGGGAGAUUGCGCGAGAGCUUCGCCUCAGCCAAUUACGCCGGAGUGGACGUGAUCAAAUGAGGUCAUACUAUGAGGCUCAGCGAGCGGCGCAGCUCAAGGCUCAGAAGGACGCAGCUAGACGAGCAGCCAGAGAACAAGCUGAGCUUGCAGAGCUGAAUCGCCCUGACGAAUUCAUGGACAUGCUCAAGCACAAGAAGCCCAGCAAGCGACAGGCAGAACAUGCCCUACUGGCUUCGGGAGUAUUAUCAGGGGUCAGCAACGAGGAAGCCGCCGUUUCAAGGAUUGUACAGAAGGCACCUUCAGUCAAUGGCUCAGUCACGAGCACCCAGUCAAGGCUAUCGCGAUCGUCAACCGUCAAGAGCGGUUCCAAAACGCAAGCCUUGCGGGAGCAACUCCUCGGUGAUCGGUCAGCCGGCUUCCGUCGCUCGCUACCUCCCAUGUCAUCAGGGGACGCCAGCAGUCCGGACUCAGGAACGAGGGUCAGCAAGGUGUCGGAGCGUUGGCGAUUAAAAGCUAUGGGCAUCGUCCAAAUGCCGGACGGGACGGCGCUUCCCGAAUCUCUGGCCAACGAAGUCCGAUAUGGAAAGAAAGGAUACUCGGGUAUUGGUUCUAUGGGCCCUCCAACCAGCGGGGCUGUUCGUCGAGCAUCCAUUGCCGACCUGGCCCACCCAGACGGGCCAGGUCUGCUUUCAGGAUCCGAGGAAUACCUCAGUUCGAGCGGAACGGAGACUGCGGCAAUGAAGCACAAGAGAAAGCGGCCAACCGAGGAUGACGGGGAAGCGACUGGAAAGGCCAUUUCAAAGGUGAACGCGCAUAAACGAGUCAUGAGCGACGCACAGAACUUGAUGAGCGAGCUCCGGGCAAUGCGGGAGGAGAUGGAGGAAGGGGCAUCAUGGUUCAGGGACCAGAACGAGCGACUGCAAAGCGAAAAUGCGAGCAGAGGGUCGACACCAUGGGACCAAAGCAUCUAG